AUGACGAACACAGAAUUUUGUGUACCACCACCUCUUCUGGUGGAACAUCUAGAAGAGAAGGAGGCUCUAAAAUCGUUAAAGGACAAGUAUCAAGAACUUACGUUGGAGUUUGCGAGUGUGAAAGUGGAGUUUUGUGAUUUGGAUGGGAUGGAAUGGAAAAAGCAAAAGCAGUGUGGUCGUUUGGUGAAUAGGAAUGGGAACGGAGACUCACAGAAUCGUAACUCGUCGUUUCCACAUAAAAAGGGGCAUAACAAAAUAAAGAAGGGGACCAGUGUAUUGGCAACGAGGUCCAAGGUCGAAAGGUCCGAGACAGAAAACGGUGCCGACGACCACCACUCGCACGAGGACGAGGACUUUACUGAGUCCAUCCAAUACACCGGCGGAACCUCUCUCUUCCGCUCUGGUUCCUCAAGUUUUGUCAACACAUUCGAAACUAGCGACCCGCCGGGCACUCUCCCCCGGAUACUAGAAUUCGAAGUUGACGAUGACGACCUCCGAGUCAAAACACCAACACCAACACCAACACCAACACCAACACCAACACCAACACCAACACCAACACCUCGUCCUCUUCCUGCGGGCCGGGUUCCAGAAACUUCAACCUCAACCUCGUAUUUUUGACGACAUUGGAUUAAAGGCCUAUGGUACCGGUACUGGUGGUUUCAUACCACCGAUCAGGCUCAGGAACCUAGGUCUUACCACGUGCACCCCUGUUCCGGGGCCCAGCCAUAAGAUUCUUCGUGGCUUUUUCCGGACCGGGAUACAGCCUUCAACGUUUUCACUGUUUCGACCGUUUCAGCGCUUC